UUGUUUCAUGAUUACAGCAGAGAUAAUGGCUUCUGCUCCUCUUCUUCUUCUUCUCUUAGUUGCUUGCAUGGGCUGGGCGACGACUGAGGGAGCCAAGGGUUUUCAUGAAAAUUACGCAGAAUCAUGGGGUGGUGAUCGCAUAAAGGUUUUGAAUGGCGAAUCUGAGGUUUUGCUUUCCAUGGACCAAACUACAGGUUCUGGAUUUGGAUCAAAGCUUAAAUACGGAUCAGGGUACUUCCAUAUGAGGAUAAAGCUACCGGCAAAGAACUCAUCUGGAGUUGUGACUGCUUUCUAUUUGGCCUCCGGUUCAGACAAACAUGCUGAGCUGGAUUUCGAGUUCCUUGGAAACCUUGAAGGGCAGCCCAUCAUUCUCCAGACAAAUGUCUUUGCAAAUGGGAAAGGCAAUAGAGAACAAAGGGUCAAAUUACGGUUUAAUCCAACUGCUGACUUCCAUGACUACAAAAUCUUAUGGAACAGUCAUCAGAUAGUGUUUUAUGUGGAUGAGACUCCAAUUAGAGUAUUUGCCAACAAACAGACAAAAGGAGUGGAUUAUCCAUCUCAACCCAUGCAAAUAAUAGCAAGCGUGUGGAAUGGAGAUAGUUGGGCAACAGAUGGAGGAAAGGCCAAAGUAGAUUGGUCUUCUGCUCCAUUUAAUGCAUAUUUUCAAGGUUUUGAUGUGGAUGGAUGUGUCUCAACUAGUUCUAAUGAUCCUCGCUGUUCAUCUUCCUCAUUAUGGUGGAAUUCAGCAACAUAUCAGCAGCUGAGCUCUUCUGAAAGGUCUGCAUAUCAGAAGGUGAAGAAGGAAUAUGUGAUCUAUGAUUAUUGUAAUGAUGUCAAAAGGUUUCCAUCACCUCCUCCAGAGUGCCCACAAUGAAGAUCUUUUGAAGUGUUAAAAAGUGUACUUUUUUAUUGAAGAAAAUGAAAUAUAUAUAUAUAAAAGAUCAUAUUUUAUAUUAUCUUAUUGUUGUUGUAAGUAGGUCACUGUCUUGGCUUGGAGAAAACAAUUAUUGUCUGGGGUUGUAAUGCUAAUUAUAAAUCUC